AUGGAAUUCGCUACACGUCGAAUGAUCUUCGCGUCGCAGCUUACACGCCGCGGUCUGGCGGGGUUGAGUGGCUUAGCGCUGUUAUCCCCGCGGCUGAGCGCCGCCACGCGCGCCUUGAGUCCCAGAGACACCAUCGGCCUCCUACGACUGGGGAUCAACCCGGAGGCUUUAAGCCGCAGCCCUGGGGUGUCGCGGGGCCCCAGUCCCAGCAGCCGUGCUGCCAGCGCUGCCAGCCGUGGUGCGAGUGGCAGCCGCUGUCGCUUUUUGUCUGCGGAGGACGAGGAGCGAUUGGUGCUGAAGGGUGCACAGGAACGAAUCCGCGCAGAGGCGCGCGAGCGCCGUGAGCAGCUGAGGGAAGCGCAGCGCUUGCAGGCCGAGCAGGAGCUCUUAGUCCGCCAGCAACGGCGCAGCGCGGAACGUGAAGCCCAGAAGAGGCUCAUUGAGAAGGAUCGCUUCGAGCAGUGGCGCCGGCGCUUGGAACGCCGCGACAUCUCCCGCUCCAAGUUGUGGGAGAAGUUCCCCCGGCUGGGCACCGACCCCGACGACCGGCGCCGUGGGAGCCCGUCGCCCGCGGCAUCGCCGCGCGCGGCAUCGCCGCGCUCGCCGGCGUCCAAUGUGUCGCCGCGGAACCUGUCGCCGCGGCCAUCGCAGGCGCUGUCUCCGCGGCUCUCGAUGUCUUCCUCCAUGUCUGCGUUGUUGAGCCCCCGUGAUCGCUUGCGAAGUUGGGAUUUGAACAUCGCCAGCUAUUCCAGGGAGGAAGUCCAACAGUUAGAGUCAGAACGCAUGGCGGCGUUAGCAGACAAGGAACUUCGGGUGUUGCAGGCGCGGGAGACCAAGUUUCAUCAGCGCAUCAACAUGGAAGCACGUCGCGAUCGAGUCAUGGGAAGCCGCACCAAUGAACUCGAAGCCCUGCGCUUAGCGCGAGAAGAGAAGCGACAGCAGGAGAUUCGCAAACGCGCCAGAGACCGAGAGCAGCGCAUUGAACAGCGACAGAUGCGCAGGGCUGGUGAAGUCGGCAGCAAGGAAUACGAGGCCGGAGUUGGGAGAUCGUGGCUCGAGCGUGUAAAAGGAGUUUUUGCACUCCUGGUUGUCACCACUGAAACAGUGGUAGCGGAGCCCGGCGCCGGCCGGGCAGUUUCUCCGACCGCCAUGUCGGAAGGACAACAUGGAGGUGUUCGUCGCUUUCGUGCCCGUGGUGGCCAUCGACAUCGAGCUCAAGGAGUUCAAGCUGCCGAAGCUGACGGAGCUGACGAAGCAGAGGAUGACUGGUGGCAUUGGAGCGACGGACAUCAAGGUGGAGCAGAAGGCCCUGGCUUGGAUGAAGCUCAACCAGAAGAAGAUGCGACUGGUGGCAGCUACUUUGUUACGAACGAUGCUGCUACAUCGUCGACAUCACCUGGACAAGCUGGAGCUCAAAGCGCAGCAGCUGGUGGCGCAACGAGUGGGCAAUUCGAGAUGACUGGCGCCACGCCCAUGUCAGCUGCAGCACCAAGCUUUCCGGAUCCUUCUGCCAACAACAAUAUGAGCCCAAUGCAGAACGCUUGGACGGCAGCUGGAAUGAUGCCUUGGGAAGUGCCUGGUGGCAUGAGCUUUCCUGGACAAGGUCUUCCUGGUGGACUACCUCAACAUGGUGCAGUACCACCGCAUGGGGGACUACCACAUCACGCUGGUGGCAUUGCUGGCAUCUAUGGACAUGGAAUGCCUUGUGGGCUUCCUACCUUCUACGGAAUGGGAAUGCAUGGAGCACCGCCAUUUGGUCUGACGCCUGGAAGUUUUGGAGGCGGUUUGCAACCGAUGCAUCCUGGAGCUAUGCCAGCACUACAUCCAGGACUAUUUCAACAAGCUCCCAUGAGCAGUGCUUAUCAAGUUCCAGCACCUUGUCCUGUACCUCAUCAAGUUCCUCCUGAAGGUCCCCAACAAGCACCAUCUCAUGCAGUACCUCAACAAGGUCCUUCUGCAGUACCUGCACAAGAAUCUGGCAACGCCGGUGGCUCGCAAUCCCAGAGCAACUCUCCGAAGGCUCAUGGAGUUCAAGCUGAACCUGAAGAUCCUUGGAGUCGCUACAAAGCACAACAAGAUCAACAAGGACGACCUGCAGCUGUGGAGACGGCGCAGCAGUUCAGCGCAGCCUUGCGAGAAGAGAGGCCUGGUUUUGCGGCCAAGUCGGUGAGCUCAGCCUUUGAGGCCAUGGGGAAGGCUGUACCGACUUCACCCGCUGCUCCAUCGACCGUCACCAACGAGUUGUUGCUGAGCAAGUUGGUCGAGGCAGUCAGUGGAGAGAGGAAGACAGCGAUCCCUUCCUGGGAUGGAUCUCCUGGUGGCCUACGUUCUUGGCUGAAGGCAUUGUCCUUCUGGGAGUCCGACAACGGCACCAACAAAGCCAAGUGGGGCAUCAAGCUUUAUCAAAAUCUAUCAGGAGAAGCCAAAAAGAUCGCCGACACCAUCUCCCCGGACGUGCUCCUCACCGAGAAGGGCUAUGGAGCUGUUUUGACAGCCUUGCUGACCAAGUACGAGCCCUACCUCGAAGCAGCUGGUCCGGUGUCAUCAAGGGAGACGUUCACGUCCUUUUUGGCGAGGAAAGAGGUGCAGAAGCAGGAGAUGGAGACGCAGUUGGGUGCCCAUCUACACCCGCUCAUUGCAGGGCGGAUCCUCCUGAAGCAGGCAAGUCUUUCUGAACAUCAACAACAAGUUCUUGCCUUGAAGACCAACGUCCUCAUGGAGUACGACGAGGUGGUACGCACACUUCGGCCCUUGGAUCGGUUGGACACCUUGGCUCGCGCUGGAGCGAUUUCUGGAGCUGGUGGCACCAACCGCACCUACCUACAAGCUGGAGAAGAUGAAGCCGAAGGUGGCGACUAUGAGGAGGAUUUCGAAGAAGAGACAGAGGCAUCGAACUCUGAGGAAGACGAAGACUUCCUGCAGUUCGAGGACAAGGAGUACGAUGAAGCCGAAGCCAUCUACGUCCAGGCAUACAAUGAUGUGAGAAAGGAUCUCCGUUCCAGGAGAAAGGAAAGAGGCUUUGUGAAGCAUGGUCGAAAGGCCAAUGGUGGAAGCCCACGAAAAGGGCGUGGCAAGGGCUGCAAAGGCGAUUGCAAAAGAUCCCCGACGAAGCAGAAGAAGGACGAGUUCAUCCGUGGCACCGAAGGUGAACUUCUGGCCAGAACGCGAUGCUUCUCUUGCCAGGAGCUGGGCCACGUCAGUCGGAACUGUCCUAACAAGGCAGCUGCUUCGUCGCCGAGCCCAAAGAAGACGUUCGUGGCGGUGACCCCUUCAGGCCAAAGCACAACCACCAGCUAUGCAAUGUUUCGACAAGACAUGGGAGUGAACUACCCACCCAAGCUGGAGACUUUGGUCAGAGCCACCUAUGCCGGAGUGACUGUGAGAGGGUUUGAAGCUGUUUUGGAUACCGCAGCUGAGCAGUGUCUGAUUGGUAGCACUGCUAUGCACAACUUGAAGGAGGAGCUGAAGCUCUUGAAGCUGCGACCCAUUCCAGUUCGACAACAAGCUACUCCGUGUGCAGGCAUUGGUGGACGAGCCCAGCUGGCAGGUGUUGUGGAUGUGCCUACAUGUGUGGCUGGCCUUUUGGGCGUUGUCAGGUUCACCAUCAUCGAGGACAGCGCCACCUUUGUCACCCCGCCACUUUUGGGAGUGUCCUAUCUGGAAGCUGUGGGUGCUGUCAUCGACUUGCAGUCCGACACCUACAACACCCCUGAUGGACAUUCCACUGCAAUGAGGCGUCUUCCUUCUGGACAUCGAGCAGUACAUCUUUUGGAUUUUGGUGUGACGCCCUGGAAGCUUCCACAACAACAUCAAGUCAAUGGACACGACCCCUUUCGAAUUCCAGUUCCACGUUCCUCGCACUACUUUUCGGGGGGCAAUGGAGAUGCUGGGUUUGGUGACACCAUGGUUUCCUGUGAAGCUGACGCUGGGUGGCCGAUGGAUGAUGCGUUUUUCGCGGCCUAUGUGGAGUCAAAAGUCCUGCCUUUGGACACCACUGCAACCUCUGCAGCCUCAGCCAAUGUCACCAACCGUGAAGAGCGAUCCCGCUCUCCCAGCAGAGCCCAUGCUUCGGAACGCAGUGCAACGGUGGCCUACACCGAAGGAACGACGGAGACGUCUGAGAGAAGGGCGGAAAGAGAGCCAAUGGAAGAGCCAUCACAAGCAGCCACGUCGGAUGGCGGCGAUCUACCUCCUGAAGAUCCUCAUCAAGCUGGUCUACACCAUGCAGGAGCUCUACAAGCAGAUCCGUCUGGUGGAGAAGAACUACUUGCAGAAGAACCUCAACCCGACGAUCAACCAGCUCUUGAAGGUGAUGGACAUCCUUUGGAUCGAUCGAGAUUGCCGACCAUCUUGCCUGUGAUCCGGGAGAACGCAGAAUCAGAAGUUCGUGGUGAAGGAGACGGCACUGAUUCCCCGGUCACGGAUCCUUCAAUCUCCCCGAGUCAGACUACGGAUGACUUGACAGUCACAUCCUACCUUGGCCAGAACUUGGACCCCAACAAGGUGAUUGACGUCUUUGUGGAGAUGAAGGACAGCAGCAAGCUGCACCUGGCUCGCUAUGAAGGAUGGCGUUUCAAGCUCUUCGAUCCCUUCGACAUCCCUCAAGCUCGACGACUACAACUGACAGACCGAAGGCAGGUUGUGGCGAGGUUCCCACAUGAGGAGACGAGGGUGCUGAUCGACAAGUGGCCUGUGAACAUCAACCGCUUCUUGGAGCACCCUUGGCAUGGAACUGUGACCUUUUUCGAGUCUCGUGGACCUCCACAGCCAUUCAACGCCUUUGGGAUCCCCAAACGUUCCUCGACCGCAUCCAGCGACGUCAUGGCGCCCAAGAAGAAGACCAGCGCAGCGGCCAGCAGCCUUCAAGCCUCGGUCUAUGCCAUGGUGGCCAAGGAGGACCAGGAGGACGAGCCCAAGAAGAAGAUGGGAAGCCGCAAGUGCUGUGCGGCAUGGUCGCGCGUCGUGAUGGCGCUGCUGCUGCUCCUGCGGACCACGCGACAGCAGAUGGUCUUGGACUACUUGCAGAAGAAGGGAGCCGAGCAGGACGACCUGGAGCCCGAGAACGUUGGGGAAAAGAAGAAGAAGUCGACCCUGGCGAAGCCCAAGGUGACGAAGACGGAAUGGAUUCCGCAGGGAAUCGGACAGCCCCUGAGGCGCUCCACAACCCAGAAGUACUGGGACAAGGAACCAGAGGAGUGCAACCACCCGGCCGAGUAUCUACGUUGUCGUGCAAAUCGAGGCCAGCGGUGGUGGACAUGCCUGACAUGCGGAUCUCGAUGGGAACGACUGGAAGGAGAUCCGACGGCAUCGUCUACGACAACACUGGUUCCAGAGACACCGGAGUCCGAGAAGCUCUUGACAAAGACCGGUGCCUAUCCACAGUACCUGCCAGCUCCAAAGUCCAAGCCGGAGCAGGGAGCAGUGAAGUUGAAGGUGGACCGCAUGGGGAUGAUCUCAACCGCCUCUGGAGCAGCUGGAUUCAGUCAAGGACCAAUUCCAAGAACCAGCACACCAAAGCCUCAGGAAACAGCCAGAGAGCGGUCACUUUCCAAGGAACGAGUGGUGGAAGGUCUUCGAGCUUACCAGUUGCCAAAGAGGAUCCCAACCUUCCACCUGGAUCCCGAGAACCGCGAUGCUCAGGAGCUGGUGGUGGUAGCACCAUCCGAGGAGGUCUUCAUGCGCUCUGGACGCAUCCUAGCGGACAAGUCGCAGCUGGGUGGACGCAAUGGCAAGGCAUUGGCUUCUUUGGUGGCCUCACGUUUCUCCAAGUUCAUGGUCUUUUUGUGCAUGAACUGCUGCCUGCCUCCGUCCGCCGUGUCAGCUUUUGGAACCCCUGAUCUCGUGGCGAUGCACCACGGGAAUGAAUUCAAGAUUCAGCAUGGUUUCACUGAGCCUGAGUUCGACCAGCAGGCUGAAGAUUUUGUCGGCUGUUACAUUUACGGCCAGAUGAGUCGACAUUUUGUCAACUCGAGUGCAGAUGGCUUUGGAAAGGUUCGACCUUUGAGCAAGGAGAAUCAGAAGUGGCUCACCAAGAACUUGAAGAGCCAGCCUACGAUUGUGGAAGUCUAUUCUCCUCCCAGAGUCACCGAGAAGGCGAAGCAGUAUGGUUUCACUCCAGGCGGAGCCCUGGAUUUGACUACAGGUUGGGACUUCCGGAAGAAGUCACAUCAACAAGCUGCUCUACGCCUUAUCCGAGAUCAACAACCAGUGCUGGUGAUUUUGUCGCCUCCCUGCACGACUUUCUCUCCAUUGAGGUUCCUGAGCAAUCACAAGAGGAAUCCGGAAGUUGUUGCAGAAGAAGAAGAUGAAGGACUGGAACACGUCCGCUUCAGUGGGUUGAUUGCCAAGAUCCAACAUCGUGGUGGUCGUGGGUUUCUCUUUGAACAUCCCCGAGGUGCAACUUCUUGGAAGACAUCGGAACUUCAGGAACUGCGAGAACUUCCCGGUGUCUUUGCGGUCCAAGUAGAUUUAUGCAGAUUCGGGUUGAAAACUACAAAGGGACACCCAGCACUGAAGCCUACACUUCUUCUCACCAAUGUGGAGGAGCUGGCAAACAUCCUGAACCGCAGAUGCGAGGGAUAUCACGCCAAACAUCAACCGCUGCUUUCUGGCGAGGCCAAGCACGCAGCGAAGUACACCCCUGCCUUCGUCGAUGCAAUCCUUCGAGGACUACGACGGCAUGUACAAGCUUGGGUGAAAUCCAACAAUCCUGCAGCAGACUAUUGGGAGAUCACGGACACCUUGGUCACCCGGCAUCAUCGAGUUCCUCGACGAGCGCUCUUUGUGCCCACUGGUGUUGCAGGUUGUCCUCAGGAUGUUGCCAACAUCUCAUCAGCCAGAACUACAACUAUGAAAACCCUCAAGGGCCCAGUGCAAACCAUUCAAGACAAUUGGCGAACCACUGCGAUGCCCCGCCAAUCUAUGAAAUUCGAGUGGACAGGGACUACAUCCUUUCCUGUCCAAGAGUCAAUUUUACUUCCCAAUGACUGGAAGGCCGUGGCCAACUACAUCGUCCAAGCUGCAGCUCAUCCAAUUCAUCACUACAUCACUGAGGAGACCGCCGUGCAGGUGGAAUGGAGUGCAUUUCCAUCCCACAAAACUUUGGGAGGCGCGCCAUCGUCUUCAGCAGUUGGCACGUCGGGCCCCUCUACGUUCAAUCGUUUUUCUGGCCAAGAGGACGAGGACGUCGAUGCCGAGAUGAUGGGUGAGGACUUGGACAUCCCGGCCAAUCCAGAAGAACCAGAAGAAACCUCUGAGACAAAGGUGAAACAUGCCCUACGACCUCUACAACUCUCCAAGCCGGCCACUGACAACGUCCUACACCCUGAGGUGAGACGGGAGUUGUUCAAGAUCCACCGCAACUUGGGACAUCCUUCACUGCAACUCUUUGUGAGAGCCCUCAAGCAUGCUGGAGUCAAGCCCGAGAUCCUGCAGUGGGUCAAACAUCACUUUCAUUGUCCUCUGUGCGAACGACGGCAACGUCCUUCACUACAUCGACCUGGCCGUCUACACAAGGCAAUGGGCUUCAAUGAGGUGGUUGGAGUGGACCUGAUGCAGAUCAAUGUGGAGGGCAUCGGCGAGUAUCUGCUCUUGAACUGCCUAUGCUGGGGUACGGACAUGCAGAUCGUCGAGCCAAUCGCCGACAAGCAGGCCGAUACGGUCUACCGAGCCUUUGCAAAGGAGUGGAUGGCUCACUAUGGACCACCAGCAUUGGUGGUGGCAGAUCAGGGCCGAGAGUUCGUUGGCAAUGGCUUCACCGACCCACUUGGUCAUCUUGGAGUACCGGUUCACUUUAUCAACGUCAGAUCCCCCUGGGAGAACGGCCGUACCGAAAGGGCUGGUGGAAUCCUGAAGUCCCGGUUGGAGACCACUCUGCAUGAGAUUGGAGCCACAACUGAUGAGGAGGUGAAGGCAGCAAUCUCUGAAGUCACUGUAGCUCACAACCGCUACUACAACCGCUCUGGAUUCACCCCAUAUCAAAGGGCAUUUGGAACUUUGCCUCGAAUGCCGGCCUCACUACUUUCGGACGAUGCCAUCGACAAGCAGCUCAUCCUGGAUGCCGCUGGUGACUCAAUGAAGCGUGCAUGGAAGAUUCGGGAGGAGGCAACCAAAGCCUGGCUGCGGUGGCAAGACGAUGAGUCCGUGAGGAGAGCAGUUUCUACCCGGACACGGACGGCCGACAACAAGUCCUUUGACGUUGGGGAGCUCGUCUACAUUUGGAGGAGUGUCCCAGGCUAUAAAGGUUGGACUGGUCCUGGAACUAUCGUUGCCCAGAAGGAUGACACCGUGUGGGUGAGCAUGCGUGGCUACUUGAUCAAGGCCUCCAAGGGCCAGACUCGCAAGGCCACCUCUGAGGAAAGUCUUGGAGCAGAACUGGUUCGACAUCUCUCUGCUCAGAUGUUGGAAGACUUGGAAUCCAAUGCGGUGAAGUUUUACCGAGAUGUUGAAGGAGAAGGAGCACCAGAAGGCAUCGGGAAUGGCGAGGACGACGGAUACUCACCUUCGCUGGCACCAGAGGAGGAAGAGCCGUUUUCUGGUGGAGACUCACCCCUCGGGGCAGAGCCAUCGAUCCUCCAGCCUAUCCCUGAAGAGCCUGACGCUCCUAUGGAGGAGGUUCAACAGCCAAUGGAUGGCGUGAUCAUGGACAACCAGUCCGAACGGAGCACAGUUGAACCUGCAGUGACUCCAACUCUCACCGAGGACACCUCCCAAGCUCGCAGCCGAAGCACCAGUCAAACCUUUCCAGACCGACGACUGAGUGGUGUGCGAGUUGACGAAGGUUCUGGUGGUACUUUGGGGUUUGGCCCGAUUCGAGAUGGACCUCCAGUGGCAACAUCUGCAAUGCCCUAUCCGAGUCCACCUCAAGGACUUCCUUCGUGGCCAAGACCUACCCACAGCCUCUACUUCGAAGUGUCUUCAGAUCCUGCAGCCGCUACACCCAGGUGGACCUUGGAUCGCCCAACGGGAAAGUAUACCAUGAAUCCACCGACCACCUCCAAGUUCAACAUCAAUGAAGCAGGAGCAGUCUACAACUACAGCGACAAGUGCAUGUACCUGACCAAGACCAAGGCAAAGACAUCGCCUGGGCAGGUGGAGUUCAGGAAACUGUCGGAGAAACACAAGAACAUCUUCCGACAAGCCAGAGCCAAGGAAGUCAAAUCCCUGUUGGACUCUGGAGCCAUCAAGAUCCUGUCCUUGGCGGAGUCGAAACAGUUUCUUCGAGAACAUCCCAACCACGUGCUGACCUCGCGCUAUGUGGACCGCUGGAAGCCUACAGAUGCCUUUGGAGUUCUACCUGAAGAAUAUGGUCAUGAAGGUUUUCAGCCAGAGGACCACGGUGGGUUAGCACCGAAGUCACGAUGGUGCGUUGUUGGGUGGAAGGACCCUCACAUCCACCAGAUCGAGAGGGCAGCCCCGACACCAAUGACUUCUUCCAUGUACCUGGCUUUACAACUAUCAGCCAGCAGGAAGUGGGUCGCAUUUGGCAAGGAUGCCAAAACUGCCUUUCUGCAGUCAAGGCCAACGACGAGGGUGCAGAAGCUGGCGUGCCGCAUGCCCACGGACGAGCAGUUUCAGGGCUACCACAUGGACCAGCUCAUCCUGCUCCUCACGGAGGUCUAUGGCUUGGUGUCAGGCCCAGCUUGGUGGAGAAGGUCAUUGUUGGAAAUCCUUGUCAAGGAGUUGGGAUACCGGGUCAACGUCUACGACCGGUGUGUUCUCACCUUGGACGGCGACUUGGACCCUCAGAACCCCGACAAGGAGGUGCCGACCCUGGGCUACAUCGUGCUGGAAGUGGAUGACUUGCUGGAGUCUGGUGGUCCUGCACAUCGAGCUCGCAUGGACAAGUUGGAGGGCCGUUUGAAAUUUGGGAAGGUUGUGAACCUUAUGGAAAGCGAGGGUGGAUCCGGCUAUGCAGGCCGACGCAUCAAGCAGCACCCCGACUUUUCCUUCACCUACAGCAUGGAUGACUACGUGACCAACCGGUUGCAACCAGUCAAAGUCCAUCGACGCAUCCUGAAGAAGAACGCGGCCGAGACCCUGCUGAAUGAGGACGAGAUCUCUCAGCUACGGGGGACGAUUGCUGCGAUCAACUGGUCAGCAAGAGAGGGCAGGCCAGAUGGAUCAGCCAGUGCCUCGAUACUUUCUGGGUGCUUCCCCGAGCCAAACAUGAAGCACCUGUUGGAUUGCAACCAGGUGGUGGAGCUGUUGAAGGGUCAGAAGAUCACCAUCAAGAUCCACCACAUCCCGGAGAAGGACAUCCGCCACCUCCUGAUCGCCGACUCAUCGUUUGACCCCUCUGGCAAAACCAAACCUCAACACGGCUGGAUUCAAGGAAUCACCACACCAGCUCUCAAUCGUGGUGAAGAAGCCCCGGUGAGUUUGAUUUCCUGGAGGAGCAAGAAGAUUCGGAGGAAGGCUGGCAGUACGACCUUGUGCGAAAGCAUCUCUUUGUCGACUGCACUUGCAGCCAUGGAAAAGCAGGUGGCGACCUUCACCAGUUUUAGAUUCUCACGAUUUGAUCCAAGGAGUUUGGCCAGAGACAUCGAAGUGGAGAUGAGGCUACGUGGACCACCAACGGUCAUUGCCGCAGAGGACCCGAAGUUUGUGGACCCCGAGACCAUCGCGAUCAUCGACGCCAAGAGUGUCUUCGAUUCCACCUCGAGUGCCGAACGCCAAUUUCAGGGCGAGGACGACAGAGCUGCGCUGGAGGCUGCCAUUAUCCAGGAGAGCUUGGCGAACCUCCGUGCCCGCCUGAGAUGGAUCCCUCACAACGUGAAUCCAUCGGACGGCCUGACAAAGCUGCCUCAGCAGGCGCACAUGCAGCCGCUCUACGACCUCUUGAAGCGCCACUCCAUGAAGAUCCAACGUGAGGAGAUUGAGUUAGCAUCUGGACGCCAAGGAGACAAACGUCUCAAGGUGCACGGUGCGGUGGAAAGAGACAACGCAUCUCUUAGUCUGCCGGCUGCAGCCCCCUGUCACAUCUCAGGCAAGGGUGCGAGAACUGAGAGUUCAUCAGCAGAGGGAAAGAAAGGCGCGGAAGUCUACAUCAAGCAGCAAGAAGAGGAGCAGGCUGAAGAACAGCGGCUGCUUGAUGCAGGUCGAAAGGAACUGGAGAUUCGAGAGGCGCGCGCACGGCACGAGCGAGAACGCGAAGUGCGACAACGACAGCUGCUGCUGGAACAAGGAGCCAAAGAAAGAGAGGCGGAAGCGGUGCGGGAUGCUCGAGAGGCCUUGAAGGAGGAACUGCGCCAGAGGCGGCCGUGA